GAUUGGCCGAAUCACACAUGGCUGUGUCGUCACACCCGGAAGAAUGACAUGUUUAUUUUUGUUGCUAACAUUUCAGAUCUGUUAAUGCAAAGAGGACACAAACGUUCUCUGGACCAACAUGGCCUCCUACUUUGAUGAGCACGACUGUGAGCCCACCAACCCUGAGGAGCAGUAUCGACAGAAUGCACUGCUGGAGCUGGCCAGGUCUUUAAUGCAGGGCUUGGAUCUAAUGGACUCAGGAGCGUUUGACCUGUCUGACUGGGACCAGCGGCUUCCUCCUCCAGCUGCCAAAGCAGCUGUUCAGACCCUCACAUUGGUCGUCAUUUCACCCGAACAAGCAGACAAAGGUCUGAAGUGUCCUGUGUGUCUGCUGGAGUUUGAGGAACAAGAGACGGUUCGAGAAAUGCCCUGCAAACACCUUUUCCACUCAGGGUGUAUACUGCCCUGGCUGGGCAAGACCAACUCAUGCCCACUCUGCCGACUUGAACUUCCGACUGACAAUCCAGAGUAUGAGGAGUUUAAAAAAGACAAGGAGAGAAGAAAACAGAGGGAGCACCGACUAGAAGACCUGCAUGGAGCAAUGUACACAUGACAGUUCAGUGCUUCGGUACAAGUGAGAGAGUUGGGGAUGUUUUACAAAAAAACAUACAAAAAAAAAAAUUCAGGAAAACAUAAUGCUGCAAUUGUACCAUUUUAUACAGAAAACAUUCAUCCAUGAUCAGCCUCACGUUUGCAGUUAUGAGUAAGAAAUAUCAGCAAAAUCUGCCAAAACUUCAAAUACAGUUUAAAAACUACCGGCAAAACCGGCCCAUCUUAGUCAAGUCAAAUAUUAGAUAUUUACAAUGCAAUAAAAAUAAUCUGUGUAGUAUGAAUUUAUUCUUAAUCUGACAUGAGAACAGGACAGCAGAUAAGGAGACCAUUCUAUAUAACACAUAACUACUUCUGUUGAACUUGAUUUCUCUAAGCCAGGGGGGUCCAAACUAUGGCCCAGGGACCAAAUGCAGCCCGCAGUCCAUUUUUGAUUGGCCUGCCGCAAAUUCUAGCGAUAGAAUAAAAUAUGGCCCAUAUUAAAACAUGAAGCUUGUGUUUAGCUGUACUGUACUGUAUUUCAGCACAAGGCAGUGAUACCAUGUUAAAUCUGUAAACAAACAUUUUGACAAGAAGAUUGAUUGAUUAGUAAUGUCCUGAUGAAUUAUCACAGAAAAUAGCAACACCAAUAACUUUUCAGGGGCAGAGCCAGUGGUAGCCAGGGCUAAACAGGGCCUCCUAAAAUAUGAAAUAUGAAAGUGACCCCCGGCAUACUAAUAUAUUUCUGUCUGUGGCCCUCGGUGGAAAAUGUUGGACACCCAUGCUCUAAGCAGAGAGACACUGGUCCUUCACAGGUUUAAAUGCUUUUUUUUUAUAAAACUGAAAAAUGACCUUUUCAAUAUUUUUGAGCAGUGCACUGACGCAUUCAAUUUGGGUAGAUUUAUUCUUCUCUACUGUCAUGUACUGAAUGUGCUUUAUACUCCCAGUUAUGUUGAGUUAUUCUUGUUUUAAUAAUUGAAAGACAGAAAAACGAUUUUUUUGUGAGUUUCUUGUUGUUGUUUUGAAGAGUAAUUUAAAAUUUGAGAUGAUUUAAACUUUCAGGCUAGCUCCCUCAAAUAUUCAGGUCCAUAAAUUCUGGAUGAAAAAUGGACUGAAGGAGAAAAUGUCAGAGCAGCAGACUAUGGGUAAACCUUUUUCCACACAGUAGAAAACAUGCAGAGUUGUGCAGAAGGGCUGUCACAACUUCAGAGUUUUACACUUUGAUGGGAUUUGAGUUAAACUAAAAUGAAACUGAUACCUGUUUUGAUGCCAAGGCAACAAAAAUUGAAGUUUUUACUCCAUCUCAGACCAAAGAUUUGCAAUUAAUGUGACAGCGACGGGCCGCUCUGCAACAAACUGAAUACCUGUUGUUCACACCGCUGUGACUGUGGGAGACAAUGCAAAAACUCUCAGUCCCUCAGUUUAUUUCUUAAAGUUCUCAAGAAAAAUCUGUCUCUUCCAAAGGGACAGUACUGCAAAUUAAGUGUUUUUUCCUGUAUCUUUAUUAACUUCAUAAUGCAUAACAUCAGGCUGUGUGAUUCCUGCUCAUCAGUGAAUCCUUUGUCAUUAACACCGUGGCAUAGCAGUAAAAUUUCACUGCAGCUCUAGUUUCUAAUAACUAAGAUAUCUGCUGGGAAUCAUAUUUUUACCACAUGCAAAUUUAGCUACUACAGUCUUGAAUUCCUCAUGUAUUAGCGAGUUUAAUGCUGUCCGUCCGUGCGCAGCUAUUGGAGAGGAUGGGAGGGUUUAUCGAGCUGAAGUUUCUGUAGGAAAAGUAAAAGAAAAAAACAAAAAGAACAUUGAUUUACAUGUCUUUAUUUUCAUUGUGCAAAAAUAUCCAGAAAUAUUUAGGUGAUUUAAAUUACUGGGCUUAGUUUGAAAAUAUAAUAUAAAGAUACAUGUAAAUAUCUAUAACUAUGAGAAUGUAAAUAAAGCAUCCGUUCACUCUUACUCUCCAUUCCACUAACAUCCAGCGUUCUUACCAACAUAUUGCCAACGUAUGCAGUUAAUAAAAGAAAAACAUACAUGGGAUAAAAGUCCAUAUUAUCCAUAAAGUGAUGCUAGUAAACAAGCUAUUGCACAUACAGUGCUUAACAAAUUUAUUAGACCACCACCCAAAGUGAGGUUUAUGCCACAGCUGCCCUAAAAUAACAGCAUUGGUAAAGAUUGGUGAAACCAAAAUCAUUUUUUAUGUUU